AUGACGAAUAUCACGCUGGGGGUCACAGAAAAUAAUGAUCUUACCUGCAACUACAGAAAAAAAAACACUACUGCUUUUAAUUCUAGCCCUGUUACAGAAAAUAUCAACACUACUGCUUCAAACUCUAGUACUGUUAAUGAAAAAACCAACACUACUGCUUUUAACUCUAGUACUAUUACUGAAAAUAUCAACACUACUGCUUCUAAUUCUAGUACUGUUACUAACAACAAUAUUUCUGCUUGUAUUUCUAGUGCAACUACAGAAAAUAACACUACUGCUUCUCACUCUAGCCCUGUUACUGAAAAUAUCAACACUACUGCUUCUCAUUCUAGUACUGUUACUGAAAAUAUCAACACUACUGCUUCUCAUUCUAGUACUGUUACUAAAAAUAUUACUGGUUGUAUUUCAAGUGCAACUACAGAAAAUAUCAACACUACUGCUUCUCAAUCUAGUGCUGUUACUAAAAAUAAUAUUACAGCUUGUAUUUCUAGUGCAACUACACUAGUGCAACUACAGAAAAUAACAAUACUACUACUUCUAACUCUAGUACUGUUACUGAAAAUAUCAACAGUACUGCUUCUAACUCUACUACUAGUUACUGACAAUAUCAACACCACUGCUUCAAAUUCUAAUACUGUUACUAAAAAUAAUAUUACUGGUUGUAUUUCUAGUGCAACUACAGAAAAUAAUACUACUGCUUCUAAUUCUAGCCCUGUUACUGAAAAUAUCAACACCACUGCUUCUCAUUCUAGUACUGUUACUGAAAAUAAUAUUACUGCUUGUAUUUCUAGUGGAACUACAGAAAAUAACACUACUACUUCUAAUUCUAGACCCGUUACUGAAAAUAUCAACACUACUGCUUCUCAUUCUAGUGCUGCUAGUUUAAAUAAUAUUACUGCUUGUAUUUCUAGUGCAACUACAGAAAAUAUCAACACUACUGCUUCUCACUUUAGCCCUGUUACUGAAAAUAUCAACACUACUGCUUCUCUUUCUAGUACUGUUACUGAAAAUAUCAACACUACUGCUUCUCAUUCUAGUACUGUUACUAAAAAUAUUACUGGUUGUAUUUCUAGUGCAACUACAGAAAAUAUCAACACCACUGCUUCUCACUCUAGUCCUGUUACUGAAAAUAUCAACACUACUGCUUCUAACUCUAGUACUGUUACUGAAAAUAACAUUACUGCAUGUAUUUCUAGUGCAGCUACAGAAAAUAACACUACUGCUUCUAAUUCUAGUGCUGUUAUUGAAAAUAAUAUUACUCCUUUUAUUUCUACUGCAACUAUGAAACAACACUACUACUGCCAUUAUUUCUAGUGCUGCAAAUGAAAUUAACGACACUACUGCUUCUAUUACUAGUUGUUACUGAAAUUAACGAUACUACUGCUUCAACAGCUAGUGCUGUUACUGAACAAAAUAGCACCACUGCUUUUAUGACUAGUGCUGCUGCUGAAAAUAUCUACACUACUGCGUCUCAUUCUAGUACUGUUCCUGAAAAUAUCAACACAACUGCUUCUAAUUCUAGUGCUGUUACUGAAAAUAAUAUUACUCCUUGUAUUUCUAUUGCAACUAUGAAACAACACUACUACUGCCUCUAUUUCUAGUGCUGCAACUGAAAUUAAUGACACUACUGCUUCUAUUACUAGUUGUUACCAAAAAU